CUUAAAGGUCUCGUCACCAAAGCUCUUUUGUGUGUUGUUAUUUGUGCAGAUAUGCACAAACUGAGACGCAGAGCAGUCGGUGUGAGGAAGUCUGUUUUUGUCUCUUCUGUUUCGCUGUAUCUGAUGUCUCGGAUGCCUCAGUCUGUCGUCUAAACAUCUGGACAUGAACGUCUUUCAAGCGUCCCGCUGCUCCAUCUUAGGAGUUCUCCUGGUUUUCCUUCUCCAAGGGUCGUGUGUUGAUCCAGAUGCAGAGGUUGUGCACAAAGCUGUUGGAGACUCACUGGAAUUAAUUGCUGAUUAUCCAAAAGAUGAUCUUGAAGUGCAGUGGAAAUAUUAUGAUACUACUUUUGCUGAGUAUCGAAAAGAUGAUUUCCAAAAAGUCAAAUCUGAAUUAUUUUAUGAAAGGUUAAAGAUGAAUAAGCACAAUAUUAGUGUAACAGUAGCAGACCUUAAACUCCAGGAUUCUGGAAGCUUCUCAAUUGUUGCAGAAGGAAAAUCUAUACAAUACAAUACAACAUUCAUUGUGCUGCAUGUUCAUGAUCUUAUCAGAGAUGUACAGAUUAAUGUUUCCAGGCUGCAAUCAGAAAACAUCUGCAUGUUUCAUCUUCGGUGUCUGGCGUCCGGUGGUGAUCUGAAUCCCUCCUACAGCUGGAGCGGUCUUCAGAUCCAGACUCAAGGAUCUCACCUGAAUAUCAGCCUCCGUCCAGCAGAAACCACCACACUCACCUGCACAGCCAACAACACCUUCAGUGUCAAGUACGCUACUAAGACUGUAGUCUGCACAGACAAACCGGACAAUUCAAGUAUCUCAUCAAAUGCAGGUUUUCCUCAGAAGUAUUUGCUGAUCGCGGUAGGCGUCGGUAUCAUUGUUGUCGUCAUAUUCAGUGGAACGCUCGCCGUGUGCUGCAGGUGCAGGAACAUUAAAGGACAAGGAGAAAGUGAGGCUGGUAUUACAGUCUACGAAGACGUGAACGCUGAUGCCACGGCAAAGAAACGCUCUGAAAGUGUUGUAAACGGGAUGUCCAUUUAUGAAACGGUAGACGGCACAAAACUCUCACAAAACUUGCCUCAAACCCUGUAUGACAAAAUUAACUAUCAGCGUCACCCUGCGGUCAGCGCCAGCACUUCCUCCCCUUACCAGGAAGUCCUGUGAGUGAGACACAGACAGACGGUUCAUGUAGCAUUUUGUCCUCUCAUUUCUGGAUCUGGUUAACCAGCCUCCCAUAUGUAUUAUUGGCUGCAUCGGUGGACCUUUGAACUCUUGCAUUAAAUGCACUGUGUAUUAAAUGUGUCAUGUUGAAACACUUUUUUAUAAAGGAGAUUUUUUGUGUGUGCACAGCACACAAUAUUACAUUACGCACACUAUCAUUCAAAA